GUUAAAGGUUCCUGGGUGUUCUCCUUCGCGAUCUACGUUUGCGUCUGGCCACAUUCUGGGCCAUGGACACAACCUUUAGUAGUAUUAAUAUUUGUUUUUUAAUAACUAGCUAGUAAAGCCAAGGACUGUUGGAGAAAUUAGUAUUGGCCGAAUUGGUUUCAGAAUCUGGUUGAGGCUCGUUGGCCGGUGAAUGCAUAGAGUGAAGAAGGUAAAACUUGGAGAUAAAACAGAAGGUUACUGGAAAAGCUCUUUAGAAGUGAACAUGACGGCGGUGGACGCGCUAACAGACAGCACAGAGGUGGUGGAGAUGGAGGAUGUCCCGUCUCAGUUCUAUGUGGAGAAGCACUCCUGGGAUGGCCUGCGUGACAUCAUUCAUAGCAGCAGGAAGUACUCAGGAAUGAUCGCCAACAAAGCGCCUCACGACUUCCAAUUUGUGCAGAAAAACGAUGAGUCAGGCCCCCACUCCCAUCGACUUUACUACCUCGGAAUGUCUUACGGAAGUAGAGAGAACUCACUGCUUUACUCUGAAAUCCCCAAGAAGAUCCGUAAAGAGGCCCUCUUGGUGUUGUCCUGGAAACAAAUGCUGGAUCACUUCCAGGCCACUCCACACCAGGGGGCCUAUUCACGGGAAGAGGAGCUCCUCAGGGAGCGUAAACGUCUGGGAGCAUUUGGGAUCACCUCCUAUGACUAUCAUGCCCAGACCGGCCUGUUCCUCUUCCAGGCCAGCAACAGCCUCUUCUACUGUCAGGACGGGGGAAACAACGGCUUCAUUCAGUCUGCCCCCAUGAAGCCGGUGGAGAUUAAGACACAGUGCUCAGGGACCCGCAUGGACCCCAAGAUCGCCCCAGGAGAGCCCAACUUUAUCGCCUUCAUCAACAACAACGACUUGUGGCUGGCAAACAUCCAGUCUGGGGAGGAGAGGAGACUCACGUUCUGUCAUAAAGGUCUGGAUAAUGUGAAGGAGGACCCCAAGUCUGCGGGCGUGGCCACCUUUGUGAUCCAGGAGGAGUUUGACCGUUUUACUGGCUACUGGUGGAGUCCGUCUGCGAUGCAGGACUCUGACGAGGGGAAGACACUUCAUCUGCUGUAUGAAGAGGUGGACGAGACGGAGGUAGAGAUCAUCCACGUUCCCUCUCCGGCCCUGGAAGAGCGGAAAGCCGAUGCCUACAGAUACCCCCGCACAGGCAGUAAAAAUCCCAGAACCACACUGAAACUGGCCGAGAUUAAAACAGACAACCAAGGCAAAAUCAUUAGCAUUCAAGACAAGGAGCUGGUUCUUCCCUUCACCUCCCUGUUCCCUGGGACAGAGUACAUCGCCCGGGCAGGAUGGACAAGUGACGGCAAAUAUGGUUGGGCCGUGCUGCUGGACCGCAGUCAGAGGAGGCUCCAGCUGGUCCUGCUGCCCCCGGCCCUCUUCAUCGCCGUCACAGAGGACCCGGCCCAGAGGCAGGAGAGCCUGGAGGCCGUGGCCCACGACGUCCACCCAUACAUCGUCUACGAGGAGACCACCAACGUCUGGAUCAACGUCCAUGAUAUUUUCUAUCCGUUUGUUCAGACAUCUGAGGACGAGUUUACUUUCAUAUGGGUGAAUGAAUCCAAAACAGGCUUCAGCCACCUGUACAAAAUCACAUCGGCCCUGCAGCGCGGCAGUUACCACUGGUCUGGGGACUACAAGCACUCCGAGGGAGACUUUAAGUGUGUAAUCAAAGAGGAGUUGCCUCUGACCAGUGGAGAGUGGGAGGUGUUGGCCAGGCAUGGCUCCAAGAUCUGGGUGAACGAGGCAUCCAAGCUGGUGUACUUCCAGGGUACUAGAGACACUCCUCUGGAGCACCACCUGUACGUAGUCAGUCACGAGUGCCCAGGAGACGUCGUCAGACUCACCAAGCCUGGCUUCUCGCACAGCUGCUCCAUAAGCAAGAACUUUGACAUGUUUGUCAGCCACUACAGUAACGUGAGCACCCCCCCCUGUGUCCAUGUCUACAAGCUGGCCGGCUCUGAGGGAGACCCUCUCCAUAUGGUGCCUGAGUUCUGGGCCAGCAUGAUGGAGGCCCCAGGUUGCCCAGGGGACUACAAAUCUCCUGAGAUCUUUGACUUCCCGGGAAAGUCAGGCUUCCAGCUGUAUGGGAUGGUCUACAAGCCACACAACCUCCAGCCGGGCAGGAAGCAUCCCACUGUUCUCUUCGUCUAUGGCGGCCCGCAGGUCCAGUUAGUGAACAACUCGUUCAAGGGCAUGAAGUACCUGCGCCUCAACACCCUGGCGUCUCUGGGAUACGCCGUGGUGGUCAUCGAUGGGAGGGGCUCCUGUCAGAGGGGCCUGGAGUUCGAGGGGGCUCUAAAAAACAAAAUGGGCCAGGUGGAGAUCGAGGACCAGGUGGAGGGGCUGCAGUACGUGUCGGAGAGGUUCAACUUUGUGGACCUGAGUCGCGUGGCCAUCCACGGCUGGUCCUACGGAGGUUUCCUCUCUCUCAUGGGCCUCAUUCAGAGGCCCAACGUCUUCAAGGUGGCCAUAGCUGGUGCUCCGGUGACCGUGUGGAUGGCGUAUGACACGGGCUACACAGAGCGCUACAUGGACACGCCGGAGAACAACCAGCAGGGCUAUGAGGAAGGCUCUGUGGCCCUGCAUGUGGACAAGCUGCCCAGCGAGCCAAACCGCUUGCUGAUUUUACACGGAUUCCUCGACGAGAAUGUGCACUUUUUCCACACCAACUUCCUAGUGUCACAAAUAAUCCGUGCUGGGAAGCCAUAUCAACUACAGGUGUAUCCCAACGAGCGACACAGUAUUCGCUGCCCAGAGUCAGGAGAGCACUACGAGAUCAUGCUGCUGCACUUUCUACAACAAUACCUCUGAAAUCGUCUCGAAGAUCACCCCCCCCCCACCCCGUAACGGACCCAUGACACCCCACUCAACACGUUCAGAGGCCUGAGACUCUGUAGCUACACCCACCCACCCACCCUCCAUUUUACCACGAACUGGAGAUCACACUUAAUUAUACCUCCACCCACCCUCUCUGUCUCUCUCUCUGUCUCUCUCUCUCUCUCUCUCUCUCUCUGCCUCUCUUUCACUCGCUCUUUAUCGCUUCCAUUCUGUCACCCCCACAUUAGGGAUGUUCCGAGGCAGUUUUCUGGUUUCACCCUUGGGGGGCUGUGGAAUAAAAGGACUGUCACCAUCUGACUCUCUACGUUAUCUGGAGGCUUUGCCACAAAUCGCUCACCUUUCAUCCCUUUUCUCCGGAACCAUGUUUGUUUUGCCAAAUGUUUUGCUCUCUUUUUUUUUUUUUUCCUCCAUUUUAUUCAUUUAAGACAGUGGUAGGAGUGUUUUUUUUCCUCAAACAUGAAAUGGAAUAUAUAUAAACACCCACAAAGACACACCAACACUCUUGACACUGACAGGAAGACAUAGCUGUAAUACUUACUAUGCGUUUGAACCUUGAAUGUGUUGUAAUGGCUAGAGGAAGAAACCCUGCCCUGCUUGCGAUCAUUAACUAUUUUAAGUGUGUAUUGUUAAAAGAAAAUAUUUUUAUGGAUUCUUAUUCUUUUAUAAUGAGUGUCUAAUGAAGUCGCUCAUUGACAUAAUAAAGUCAUUUUCGCGCCCUU